CUGUCCGUCCCGCUCGAUGGUGGCGCGGUGGCAUAGCUGGUAGUCAAGGGCCUUUUCAGCCUUGGGGCCGACGCACGUUUAUUUAGAAACCUGUUAGGAGGUUAUGGAUGAUAAACCCAAUCCUGAAGUCCUAAAUGAGAAUUCAGAGCAUCUUUUCUCCUUUGGAGUUAUCGCAGAUAUUCAAUAUGCUGACUUGGAAGACGGCUUUAAUUUCCAAGGAACCAGGCGGCGAUACUACAGACAUAGUCUUCUUCACUUGCAGGGUGCCAUUGAAGACUGGAAUAAGGAAAGCAGCACACCCUGUUGUGUCCUUCAGCUUGGUGAUAUAAUCGAUGGAUAUAAUGCGCAGUAUGAUGCAUCGGAAAAGUCCUUAGAAGUUGUUAUGGACACAUUCAAGAAGCUUAAAGUUCCAGUUCAUCAUACAUGGGGAAACCAUGAAUUCUAUAACUUCAGGAGAGAGUAUUUAACACACUCUAAACUUAACACAAAGUUUCUAGAAGACCAGAUUGAACAUCAUCCCGAGACCAUGCCUUCAGAGGAUUACUACGCUUAUCAUUUUGUACCAUUCCCUAAAUUCCGGUUCAUUUUACUUGAUGCAUAUGACUUGAGUGUCUUGGGUGUGGAUCAGUCUUCUCCAAAAUACCAGCAGUGUAUGAAGAUAUUGAAGGAGCACAAUCCAAAUGCGGAACUGAAUAGUCCUCAAGGACUUUCCGAGCCCCAGUUUGUCCAAUUUAAUGGAGGAUUCAGCCAAGCACAGCUAAACUGGUUGAAUGAAGUGCUUACAUUCUCUGAUACAAACCAAGAGAAGGUGGUGAUUGUGAGCCAUCUUCCCAUUUACCCUGACGCCUCUGACAGUGUGUGUCUGGCCUGGAACUACAGAGAUGCCUUGACAGUCAUUUGGUCUCACAAGUGUGUGGUGUGUUUCUUUGCUGGUCACACCCAUGAUGGUGGCUACUCUGAGGAUCCUUUUGGUGUAUACCACGUCAACCUAGAAGGAGUUAUUGAAACAGCUCCAGACAGCCAAGCUUUUGGCACAGUUCACGUCUAUCCUGACAAAAUGCUGUUGAAAGGGAGAGGCAGAGUUCCAGACAGAAUUAUGAAUUACAAGAAAGAGGCUGGGAGUGGUGGCUCACGCCUGUAAUCCCAGCACUUUGGGA